UUCUUUUCUUUUUCUCAUUCUCCAUGAACGCAAUCAUGGGAGUCAACAGUGGUCGAAUGCUUGAGCGAGUACCACACACCACACCACCAUUCACACUAAGCCAAAUCAAGAAAGCCAUUCCACCCCAUUGCUUCAAACGCUCUCUUCUACGCUCCUUCUCUUAUCUCCUUCACGACCUGUUCUUCGCCUCUUUGUUCUACCACGUAGCCACCUCUUACUUCCACCUUCUCCCCCACCCACUCUCGUACUUGGCCUGGCCCCUUUACUGGAUCUUCCAGGGCUGCAUUUGUUUCGGUAUUUGGAUCCUUGCCCACGAGUGUGGCCACCACGCAUUCAGUGACCACCAAUGGGUGGACGACACGGUUGGCCUCGUCUUCCACUCUGCUUUUCUCGUCCCAUACUUCUCGUGGAAAUUCAGUCACCGCCGCCACCAUUCCAACAUCGGUUCCAUUGAGCACGAGGAAGUGUAUGUUCCAAUGCUAAAAUCUCAAACACCAUGGUUCUCCAAAUACUUGAACAAUAAUCCAUUAGGGAGAGCCUUAAUGCUUGUUACUCUAUUGACCGUUGGUUGGCCUUUCUACUUGGCUUUCAAUUUAUCAGGCAAACCAUACGAACGCUUCGCUUGUCAUUACGAUCCCUACAGUCCAAUCUUCUCCAGCAGCGAAAGGCUUCAAGUAUUCAUCUCUGAUGUUGGAAUUUUCACUACCAUAUUCGUGCUUUACCAACUCGCCGCAGCCAAAGGGCUCGGCUGGGUUCUGUGCGUGUAUGGGGUGCCAUUGGUGGUAGUGAAUGGCUUCCUUAUUUUGAUCACUUACUUGCAGCAUACUCACCCUGCGUUGCCGCACUAUGACUCGUCCGAGUGGGAUUGGUUGAGGGGUGCUUUGUCGACGGUCGACCGAGACUAUGGAGUUCUCAAUAGGGUUUUCCAUAACAUUACAGACACUCAUGUGGUGCACCAUUUAUUCUCCACAAUGCCACAUUACAAUGCAGUGGAAGCCACCAAAGCUGUGAAGCCAAUAUUGGGAGAGUAUUACUGCGUUGAUGAUACUCCGAUAGUUAAGGCUUUGUGGAGAGAGGUGAAGGAGUGUGUCUAUGUUGAGCCAGAUGAUGAAUCUCCUAAGAAAGGUGUUUUCUGGUACAAUAACAAGUUCUAAUUAAAUCAAGCCUAGUAAGAGAAUUAUAAGUAGUGUUGAUGCCCAUAUAUAUAUAUAUAUAUAUGUUGUGUGAGUGUGUGUAUGUAUGUGUUGUUUAAGGUGAGAAAGAUUUCUUAAGUAAUUAUAAAGGUGAGGAAAGAGACUCCUGCCUCUUUGUGCAUAUAUAAUGAAUAUUAUUUUAGUUUAAAUUUGUGUGUUUUUGGUUUUAAUGGGCAUAUUGACUAAUGUGUUAUUUGUUUCA